UAUCCAGUCUAUGCAGAAGCCUGUAUUAAUUAUGGGUCUGUCCACAUUUGUCAUUUUAACCUGUUUUGUUCUGCCUCUGUGGCUGAAUGCAGAAGUGGUCACACAAUUUGAUCUGUGUAAACAAUUCUUUUACAAAGAGAGCGAACCAAUUGGAUUUGAUCAAAACUAUGUUAGAAUCUGUCAGAAAUACAACAAUGAAUAUUAUUAUGCUACACUGUAUUCGAAAAACCAUCGGAUUCCAGCUUUCAGUGCCUACAAAUUUGAUUUUAUAUGUGACUUGAACAAUGCAGGUAGACGAUCAAGUUGGUUUAUUGAACCACAGCUUUCUGGCUAUCAGGAUGUUAAUAUGGAUCUCCCUGGAAACAACAGAGAUGACUUUAAAAGUGAACAAGCAAUUGAUGAUUUUUAUAAACACACAAGUUACGACCGUGGUCAUUUGAAUCCAAAUAACUAUCAGUGCGACCGUGGAAGACUUGCAACCUUUACUCUCACGAAUGCUGUGCCUAUGGACCCGUGUUUCAACCAACAACACUGGAAACAGUAUGAGGACGAGAUAAAAAGAAUAGUGAAACCUUAUUAUGGAAAAGGUCUACCUUACUUUGUGACUGGUGUUGUUCCUUCUAGUGAGAAGAUACCUGUACCAAUCUUAGACACAGUUGAACAUGACAGAGAUUUCAGCAUGGUAACUGUUCCCAGUCAUGUAUGGACUGCUCUCUGUUUUGACGCCAACAAGAAAGAGGAAUCUUUUUCAUUAGGUUACAUAGGUGAAAAUAAACCUGAAGCUUUAAUUAACAUAUUGUCAAUCCAUGAUCUUGAGCAGCAGUUAAUAGGGUUAUAUGGAAUCUCAAACUUCAGAAUCUUUCACGAUGACUGUGGUUCUUCAAAUAAAAAAUCGGAACAAUAUUUAAAACACCUUUUAACAAAAAUCUAUAUACCUCAACAUCGUAAAGCAGGAGCCUUAGAUAAUAAUCUCAGUACAAAAGCAAGAAAUGCAUUAAACACUCUCAUUUUGAACAAGAGAAGGAGAACCUCAAGCCAACAAUCACAUGACCAGGUGGAAAUAUUGGAUGUGGUGGUGGAAAUGGAAUACAGUAAAAUGUCUGAAUGGUUUGAAAGUAACGAAAUAUUCAAGUCCUAUACUAAUACUGCCUGUCGAUUUACUUCUAAGACUGACUUGCCAUCCCACCACCACAUUGAAGUGCGUUCUGCCAAAAAUAUCAAUGAUCAUACCUGCACACUUGUCUCAGAGAAGUCUAGCCCGCAAUCAGUUAUUACUGCUGAUGGUACACGAUGCCUGGAGGGGGAAACAUGUUCUGGUUCAUGUAAAACUACGAAAGGAUCAAAACUUUGCUGUACAACACCUUGCCUGUAUAAUCCUGACAGCAAGUUAUACACAUGUGCUUCAGGACACCAAAGUAUUGAAUGCUCCCCCCAGUAUUCAACUAUAACAAAAUCAGGAAAAUCUUGCAGAAAAGACCAUGAGUGUGGUUUAUACGGAGAAACUAAAUACUGGUGUUAUACCGAAGGCACGCACAGGGAAUUCUGCAAUCCACCUUUUGGAACAGUAUCAGUGGAGAGUCUGGAUCCUUUGAAGAGUUACAUUGAUACAGAGAAGGGGGUUGCUUUAAUAGCAGACAAUGGCAUGUUCUGGUGCAGCAAUGGUGACAUCAACUACAAGAUUGAGGCUGCCAAGAUCUACAAUGAUGACUGGUGCAAGUUCAAGGUGUCCAGGGCUGACAAUUCUAAUAUCCUGCUGAGGGACAAGCGGGGCAGGUACCUCAGUAGAAUUCACUGGAGUGGGAUUGACUAUAUUCAUGCUUCUAAGCUUGUACCUGAUGUAUUCUGCGAAUUCCAAGUCUUCAUUGAGGAUGAGAAAGUCCUCUUUAAAGCUGAUAAUGGAAAGAUGCUAAGCAGAGUGUACCGUAAUGGGAAACAGAACAUAGAGGCUGCUAAAGAUGCUCCGGAUGUCUUCUGCAAAUUUACUGUUAGCAGUGGGGGUACGACAGAAAAAGUCUCAGUGGAGAGUCUGGGUCCUUUGAAGAGUUACAUUGAUACAGAGAAGGGGGUUGCUUUAAUAGCAGACAAUGGCAUGUUCUGGUGCAGCAAUGGUGACAUCAACUACAAGAUUGAGGCUGCCAAGAUCUACAAUGAUGACUGGUGCAAGUUCAAGGUGUCCAGGGCUGACAAUUCUAAUAUCCUGCUGAGGGACAAGCGGGGCAGGUACCUCAGUAGAAUUCACUGGAGUGGGAUUGACUAUAUUCAUGCUUCUAAGCUUGUACCUGAUGUAUUCUGCGAAUUCCAAGUCUUCAUUGAGGAUGAGAAAGUCCUCUUUAAAGCGGAUAAUGGAAAGAUGUUAAGCAGAGUGUACCGUAAUGGGAAACAGAACAUAGAGGCUGCUAAAGAUGCUCCGGAUGUCUUCUGCAAAUUUACUGUUAGCAGUGGGGGUACGACAGAAAAAGAUGAACUUAGAAAAUAACAAAAUAUCAAAUAACAAGUUAAUUUUUUCUGUUAAGAUUUUAAGUUAAAUUAAAGUUAAGUUCAUUUCUGUGAAACAGUUUCUGUAUGUCAAUGAGUAGCAGAUGCUUUAAAAAAAUAUUCAGGCAUUAGGUUGAUUAAAAAUGAACUACAGAUGCAGUUUGCAUACAAUCUUGUAAGGAUGUUAAAGAUGGUGAAUCUACACUCUGCUUGUCUUAUUAAAAAAGAUUAUUACAACUAGAAA